UGCCGUGUUUUGUUUGUUUACAGUUGAUCAUGUAAAUGGGGAACAUUGUGCGAGUAUUUAAAACCUCAGCAAUGAUAUCUGAAAUUCCUGUUGUAACUGUUUUAGGUUGUACUGGUACUGGCAAAUCAAAACUUGCCAUUGAACUAGCUAAAAGAUUUAAUGGAGAAAUAAUUAGUGCAGAUUCUAUGCAGGUUUAUAAGGGAUUAGAUAUUAUUACAAAUAAGGUCACACCUGAGGAACAAAAAGAAGCUGUUCACCAUUGUAUAAACUGCAUAGAACCUCUUAGUCGUUAUACUGUGGUUGAUUUUAGAAAUCAAGCUCUUCCUAUUAUUAAUAAUAUAAUGAAGCAAAACAAAUUGCCCAUAAUUGUUGGAGGAACUAAUUAUUACAUUGAAUCUUUAUUGUGGGAAGUUCUCAUAUCAAAUCAGAAGGAACACAAUAAACUUUUAUUUGAUGAUGAUUCUUGCAUUGAAAAUGAUUCACUUACUAUACCCAGCAAUGUCAGCCUAUCUACACAAGAUUUGUUCAAACAAAAAAUAACAGCCGAUUCAUUUGAAGAUAUUUCCAAUAUGGAUUUACACAAGAGCCUUCAAGAGAUCGAUCCUGACAUGGCCAACAGCGUGCAUCCUGAAGAUAGGAGAAAAGUCAUUAGGAGUUUGCAAGUGUAUCAACAGCAUGGACGUCGGCAUAGUGAAUUGUUGCAAGAACAACGUUCACAAUAUGGAGGGUCAUCAUUAGGGGGGCCCCUACGUUUCAAAAAUACUGUUAUGCUUUGGUUGCAGUGUGAUAAAGAAGUUUUGAACCAAAGAUUAGAUGACCGUGUUGAUGAAAUGCUUGAAAGAGGUCUUAUUUCAGAGCUAUUGAAUUUUCACAAAGAUUAUAAUGAAAAGAGGAUCGAUAUUCAGAAUCCUCGAUAUUCAGAAGGAAUAUUUCAGUCAAUUGGUUUUAAGGAAUUUCAUGAAUAUUUAAUAUUAUCUGAAGAAGAAAAAAAUAGUGAUACAGGCCAAAGAAUACUUGAAAAAGCUAUAGAAGAGAUGAAAUUAGUAACAAGACAGUAUGCUAGAAAACAGACUAAAUGGAUUAUAAAUAGAUUUUUGAAAAAACCAGAUAGGCAGUUACCUCCAGUCUAUGGUUUAUCUGCAACAGACCUCUGCAAGUGGAAUGAAAAUGCAUUACAACCUGCUAUUGACAUAGUUCAAUCAUUCAUAGAGGACAAAGAACCUUCUCAAAAACCAUUACCUGUUGAAGAAGGUUUGAAUGAUAUUAAAGAAACUUAUUAUUGUGAUGUGUGUGAAAGACUAAUCUUAGGUCAAAAUGUAUGGAAAAUACAUCUAAGUUCUAAAAGGCAUCAGAAGAGGAAAGCAAAGCUACAAAAAGUAUCCAAGAAAUCCAAUACACAAGAAUGUGCUAACAUCAGCUGAGAAUAAAAAAGUGUAAAUAUAUUAUGUAAUAAAAUUUUUAAAGUAAUA